AUGAAAGCAAAAGAAGGAAGCCCACAGGGCAACGUUCCACCUCACAGGAGCUCGCAGUGGUACUUGAUGACUCCAUCAUUUAUACUACCUCUAACACCAACACAACGCAAGGAAUCAGAAUCUUUUGGAUUCACUAAGAGAUCGUCAGUCGAAAGCAUGAUAAACUGUGAUGUUAUCGCAAUUGCACAUGAAAUUCCAGAGAUCGAAGUGAUUAGUGCAUUUCUGGGGGACUAUCCAGAAAAUCCUGAUAAGAAGCCAAGCUCUCCUGAUGAGCAAACAACGUUGUUUGAAGAUGACGCCGUAACGAUAUUUAUGAAGCCCUCGAAAUAG